AUACAUUGGCUUUAUGUCUGUGGUGAAAGUCUGCAACAACGCAAACUCAAAACUACAUCGCAUUGAAGGCCUAGUGGAAGGUCGCCGUAAAGGUCAGAUGGUGUGGUAUGUUGGCGAAAGAUUUGCCAACAUAGUUCUCACUCCUGACCAGAAAGAUUAUUUGGACACAGACAUUAAACUGGGCUACCUGUGUGGGCCACCUGGAUCUGGCAAGACAGUGGUUCUGUCUUUAAGAGCUCGCAGGUGGAUCCUGAAUGAGGGAAAUUUUGUUGUUGUGGUGAACAUGUAUCGUGGGGCUCCAGGUCGAGCGAUCGGGAAGCACAUCUUGAAAACUAUCACAGAAAACAGUGAUGAGAACAAAGAGCUCACCCUAAGGAAACAUACAAUGGAGAUUGGGGUCGAUGUCGGUGCCAACAUGUUCCAGAGACAGGAGUUUGUGGACAGAAUUCGCUCAAGAUGGGGAGAUGAAAUUGGCGAGUAUGGUAAUAGGAUUCUGUUUAUUGUGGAUGAAACAUAUGUACAGACAUACUGGGAUUCAGUCUUCCAGACUCUGCGCCAGGAGUUCACCAACAGUGCCAUGUGGUGUGCCGGCUUGUAUGGCAAACAGCCUGACAGAUUUACUUCCCUUAAGCUCACAAAGGUAAUACGCUGUCCCCCAAGUGUCCAGCACAUUCUGUCUCUCAUUGACUGGGUCGAUGACAGGAAACAUUGUUACAUUACAGACAGCACCAAGGCAGCACUGCCAACCAAUGGGCCUCAAGUUUUGGCUGUACGUCACCAACAUCAUAAAGCGUAUGUCCACUUGCCCCCAGCAGAGUGCCCAUUAUGUGGCAGUGACUUGGUGAACAUCUUCAAGAGGUUACAGGUCAGACUUCCAGAGAAAGGUCACACUGACCCCGACUUACAGCUUUGGUCACUCAAGUGUUCAGAGAUUGUCAUCUUGGUAAACAUGCCCAGGUCACUAUACAGGCAGGAUGAGGCGGGCUACCUGGACACAACAGUGGACAGAUACAAGACCUAUAUGCUAGGUCUGAAGAACUGUGCUCUUCUGGACAAGCUGAGAGCAGCUGGCUACCCAACAAGGGUCCACACAGACCUGUCAUGUGGUCAGCUAGUGACCCAGGCCACACAAGAAGUCAUCAACGUCACCUGGAUCUACACCUACCAGGGCCUAGAAAACAAAGUCGUCAUUUUUCUGCCGGGAGACGAGGCCAUGCCCCAGUACUGGGAUGAGGAAUACCUAACUGAACCAUCACUAAACAUACCUUGUCCAGGAUUAAUGGCGUCUGAGGAUGAAACAUGGAAGGAGAAGACAGAACCGUGUGAGCAUGCUGAUUCUGGGGAAGGUGUGUCCCGAGGCAGUAGUGAGUCUGACAGUGUCAGCGAAGAGGAGACUGGGGCGAGUGCAGAUAGUGAAGACAGCGACAGCAUCGUCAGUGACAGACAGACAUUUCUGAGAGACACUCAUGUCCCUGACAAUUUAGGACUGGCAGCAUCUAGCAGCCUGAUAACAUCUGCAGUUAGCAACUGUCAUCAUACUUGUCUGUCGAUGACAUCCAUUGAGGAGCACAUUUUCAACAUUGCUGACAUCCAAGGCUACACCAGAUGGGACAAAAGUAACUUGUUUAUCUCAGCCUCUCGAUGCACAUCACAGCUGAUACUUAUCACCAGAUGA